AUGUCCACCAACCUUCGGAACAGCGUCACAAAUGCCGACUCAACCAUAUUCUCGACAUAUUCUGAGCGGUCGAUGGCACAGCUCCCUCGCCCAGCGAGUACUGGGAAUAUGUUCCAGGGAAUCAGGCCGUCACCCACCGACCCCAUGGUCGGCCCUACGGAUGACCCCAACGAAAGUCCCAGCGACUUUCCCGAGACCUCGAUUCGCUUUGACUCGAUCGGCCCCGAUAUCGACUCGCUGCUUUCCGGAGCCAGUGCAGCCGAUUCAGACACAUCUCAGUCCCCAGACUCAACAUCGCCGGCACAUUCGCACUCACAGCCCAAGGAUAGUCGUGGGUUUGGGCGGCCGUCGCUGGUGGCAAGCCCAUCCUCCCAGCCCCAGAACCGGGCGUCGGUUGGAUCAAAUCCCAAGGCCAGACGUCUAUUUGGAUUCAACCUAAAAUCCAAAGUCGGUUCCCUCGAUGCCCUGUCCAUUAAAAUCAGUCGGUCGCCUUCCACCAACGCCGUGGCCUCAAAGACAAGCGAGUCGGUGGUCCAGCCAGAGAUGCCUCGUCGUCGUCCGCUCAGUGUUCGAUCUCUGAGCGCUAGCAACGCUCAUUCGAUUCAAAGCUCGCCGACAAUGUCCUGCUCGACAGGCAUCGAUUCUCCUACACUCGACAAUGGCUCCUCCAGCGCCAACGAGGCACACACACACUCGAGUCAAUCGGACAUGCUAUCUCUCGUGUCGGAGGCAUCAUUCUCAUUUGGGAGCAUCGCGAGCGUAGCGCAGGCGGCAGGUCCUCCAGACGGCGUAAAGGAGGCCAAGCGCAAGAUGAUUAUUCAAGAGAUCUUUGAGACCGAGAAAAACUACGUGCGGGACCUCGAUCUUCUGAUAGAGUGCCUCCGGCGACUCGGCUCGAUGCUGCCGCCGCCGCUCGAAGAAAGCUUCCAUGGCAUCACAAGCAUAUUUAACUUCCACAAACGCUUUGUGUGCUUGAUGGAAUAUUCGAUGAGCGCAGAGGAGACACUCUCGAGGAUAUUUGGCGACACGAAAGACAAGUUCGAGGCCUACACCGAGUAUUGCACCAACCACGAGCGGCUGUCCAAGCAGUGGAACGAGUUCGAAGCCAAGGUCGAAGUAAACGGCAUCAUCCAAGAGUUCAAGGUCGAAAAGGGCACCCGACUCAACCUCGCCGACUUUAUGAUAAAGCGGAUAUGUCGCUAUCCUUUGUUGAUCCAGGAGCUGAUCAAAAACACAAGCACUUCGCACCCAGCCCGAGACGGCUGGCUCGAUGCCCUCUCAGCCAUGCAGGCCGUUGCCUCAAACAUUGACGAGGCAAAAAAAAGCAUGGAGCUCAAGGAGCGGACCGUGCGGCUCAUCACUCGACUCGACAACUUGACACCGGAGCUCAACCACGGAAUCGGAAACAUCAUCAUAGGCGGGCCGCUGUACGUCUACAACUUUGACGCACGGUCGCCACGGACGGCAUACCGGGGGGUCUUUCUGUUCAAGAAGUACAUUGUCAUCAUCAAGCCGAAGAAGGCCACGCAAUACAACCUCAAGCUGUUGUUGCAUUUGCCAGAGUACUAUCUACGAACGCUGACAAAAACCGACUCCUCACUGGCAAACGGAUGGAGACUCCGAAAUAUCCACAACGGCACCUUCUACGACUUUGGCGCACACUCGGAGCGUGAGCAAUGCAGCUGGAUCUCCGCACUAGAGUCCCUCGUCGCGGAAGACUUGGGCGACAUCUCUCCAACAGCAUCUGCGCUCGGCAAGUCCACCGUCUUUGCGAGUCGGGCAUCGGUUUCGCGGCGAGGCGACGGCAUGAAGCCUUGCAACAGCAUCGAGAGCAAGCUAAACAUGUCGACGCUUGAUUUCAUGGACGACGGGCAGACCUCAACAGCAUCAGAGGAUGUUGGCUCCGACAGCGGCAUGUCGAUAGAGCAGCCCGCUGCGGGAUCGUCUCAGCGGAGCGGCCGCAGGAAGACAGGCUCUCUGUGGAGGCAGUCGAGCCUGGAUCUGAAGAAGGACGAGUCCGGAGAGACCCUCGGAACGAGCUUGACCUGUCUCUCGGCCGAUGCAGAGCAGUCGCCAGACAGCCCACAGGCGAUGCUGCUUCCACGGCGCGGCAGCAAGUACUCGCGGCACCGCAAAGCAUUGUCGAUGCAGUCCACGCCGCCGCUGCAUCGAUCGGGGUCGCACGAAUCGAUGGGCGGAGCGAAAUUCAGCAUGCGGGCCCAGGUCUCUGGAAGAACUCGGUCCGAAAACCCACUGAGCAAGGAAAUCUCCAUCGGCACCGACACAGAGAGCAGCGCCAGCAGCAACCCGGCCGACUGA